ACCGCCUGGGAGCCCUCAGUCCCGACCCAUCCCUCGCUCCGGGCCGGCCCACACACCCCGGUUCGGUUCGGUUCGGUUCGGUUCGGUUCGGUUCGGUUCGGUUCGGUUCGGUUCGGUUCGGUUCGGUUCGGUCCCGUCAGGACCCGGCACCCUCAUACCCCGCAUGCGCAUUGGUGCCGGUGCCGCCCCCUCCCUCUCUCUCUCGCUCCCCGCGCAGGCGCUGUGCGGGGACAAGAUGGCGGCGCCCGUGGACCUGGAGCUGAAGAAGGCCUUCACGGAGCUGCAGGCCAAGGUGAUAGACACGCAGCAGAAGGUGAAGCUGGCGGAUAUCCAGAUCGAGCAGCUGAGCAAGACGAAGAAGCACGCCCACCUCACCGACACCGAGGUCAUGACGCUGGUGGACGAGACCCGCAUGUACGAGGGUGUGGGGAGGAUGUUUAUUCUUCAGUCUAAAGGAGUGAUUCAUAAUCAGCUUUUAGAAAAACAGAGAAUAGCUGAAGAGAAAAUAAAGGAAUUAGAGCAGAAGAAAUCCUACCUGGAGCGGAGUGUGAAGGAAGCAGAGGAUAACAUCCGGGAGAUGCUGAUGGCCCGCAGGGCACAGUAGCCCUGAGAUGGGAUUCCCCCUGUGCCUCCCCUGCUCACUGCUGCCCGAGCCCCUUUCUGGGGCAGUUUCAAUAAAAUUGAUGCAAAACUUGA